AUGGGGGCUUCGGGGUCAUCAUCGCUGGCCCAGUCUAACCCAAAUGUUCUGCGUAGGAAGAAGUCAUCUUUAUCUGGCUCAUCUUGGAAAGACUCUUUUUCUUCGUCCCAGUAUAAGCGCCAAGGCUUACUCGGUCCUGUUCUCGGCUCUCAACUGGAUACCAGUAGCCCUUCCGAGGUUGCCGAGUCCUUUGGUCACGACACCACGCCAGCCUCAAUUGCUUCUCAGUCUCCUGGUCUUGUUAGAUCUUUUCGCACUCAGAACGAGAACCGACUGCGAAGCCCUAUCCUCAAUAGACCUCUUGUGACACGAAGAGCUGAUGGAAGCUUCCCCGACGAGUUUGAUGCCAUCACGAUUGAUUCUCAUGGCCUCGCAGCUGUUGAAGAGUCCCAGAAUUCAUCCUCAUCUACCUCUACCGCUCGAGAAGUCACCACCAAGAAAAAGACGAAGAACUUGCCUCCUCCUCCACCUAGUUCUCCACCACGGAAAUCGUCGCAGUACUUUCGUGAGGAGACUUCGUCGCCCAAGUCUGUGCGCAAGGUACCAAGACCUGUUUUGCGAUCACCUUCCCCUGAGACAAGUGCCCAAUCUUCCGCCCCCCCAAGAGCCGUACCGCCCUCACGACCAAGUAGAGUUGGCAUCCCCGACAUGGAAGAACAACUUUUCAACCCCAUGCCAGUUAUUCACAGCAAUCUUUCCACUCAGUCCCUCCCAACAACCGAAAGACGUGGAAGUGAAUCUGCGGCUACAGCAGCUUUGUCACCCCCAAAGCCACAGUACACUCAUGUAGGCCAAACAGCGUCAAUUUCACAGCUCCCCAUCAGAAGCGAAUUGUACGCUCAACCGGCAGCCGAGACAACGACCGAAUCGAAGAAGUAUGAAGGCCCCGAGCCACCUCGACUGACACGCAUACCGAGUCCUAAUGUUGUUACCUCCUUCCCGUUCUUUCGUCGUAACAAGCACGCCAACGGAACAAAAGCCAAGGGCGGUCGCCGUCUCCUCAAGAGCAACGAUUCUGAAGGCUCUACAAUAAAGUCGACUUUGGCUUUCCAGAGAUCUGUGCGUCCUCUCCGAUCUUCGCUACCUCAGCCCAGCAACACGUCAGGCUAUGCGUCGUCGCCUAUGACAAGCUUUGAUACUAGUGUCAUGUCUGUUGAGUCCCACUUCGAGCUGCAGCGGGAGAUUUCUCACGGGGCCAAGUCAUCUCACCCUGCACCCAAGAAUCUUAUCAAAAGACCUCGGUCACCUCGCAAGUGGAACUUGUUUGGAAGAUCAGUCCAGACGGAGCAACCUAAGCACAGCGAGAAGUUCUCGGCUACUGUUAAACCAGUGGAGAAGAAACCCCUUGCCUUCUACGCCAUGAUAUAUUCUUCAGAACAAGAGGAUAGGGAGCCCAUGGACAUUCAGGAUGCCUUGAGGUCUGUCGAGGUUGAUGGGAAGUCACCUGGUGUCGGCGGUACUCCUGAGCUUUGCCAAGGCACACCAGAGAUGCGAUCAUCAAUCGAACCUCCGGUGCGACCUGUACGUACAACUCAAGCCCCUGAGAAGGAGAGCAUUGAGAUAAAGACCAAACCUCAGUUGCCUGUACCACAGCAGACUUUGAUAUCCAAGCCUACUCUACAACCUCCUUUGAUAAACACGACUCAUGGUCGACAAAGCCGACUUCCACAAGUCGGGCGAAUCCCCAAGGUUGUGAGCAACCGUACUGAACGCGUGUCACCUAUGAGCUUAGCUAGCAUGCACUUGGCACCCGAGAACCUUGAGGUCUAUGAUCCUGAGUCAAUCGCCAAAGGGCCUUCACUUUCGAGACCCUCGACUCUUGUUCCUGAUCUCACUACCGAUGGUUCAAUAGCCGGAAGCACCGACAAUCUCUCAUCAAGACCCUCUUACCCUCCUGCUUUGAUCUGGGCUGAACAGGAGUUCUUGGCCUUUUCGCCUCGCAAGGACUCCGAGGGAACCAUUGGUACAUCUAGCUCAAGCUGUUCUGGCAUUCUUGCUUUCUCUGGGUCUACUGCCGUAAUCCCACAGCCUUAUGACCCCCCCGCAGAAGAUGAGGUGUGGGGUGAGUAUGAUGAUCUCCUUGGAGAAGAUGCUGGCAAAGCACCUCCCUCGGAGAAGCCCUUGGAGUCGCCGCCGGUUCUCUUCGAUAAGCAGGCAAACCGACAAUUCAAGGCAACAACCAUCUCCAGCACUUGCAGUGCUGACAUGACUGAACGCCUUCGGAUGGCUUUCCAACCUCACCCAAGCCCCGGCACUCCCCUCUCAGUCUCCAAGUUUGUUUCGGGAUACGAGGACCGCAACACCAACACCGAGGUUCCUGCGGCUGGUGAGGUAUCUCGACGAAGCAGUCGAUCUUCCUGUAAGACUAGACAAUCUGAUGCCAGCUCCUCUUCCGAGGAUGGGUCACCACUCGCACAAGUCAAUCUCAGAGUUGGUUCAAUGACGGUGAGCAAGUGGCUUACCUUCGGGCAUGUUCUCUUCAGUGACGUUCGCCAUCAACUGGUUCCUGUUGAGGGAUCACUGAAGAGGCACUCAAUCCUCGUAAUUGAUGGCCUUGGUAACGAUGACUGGUCAUUCUACGCUGCGGAAACAUACCCGGCUGCCACCUUCUUCAACCUGUCUCCUCGCGCUCCCCUUCCUGAAGAACUCAAGAGUUCACCUUCGAGUUUUCCUCUCAGCCCUCCAAACCACCACCAGAUUCAAUACGUCUCUCACCUCGACAAGUUUCCCUUCGCCCCUCAGAGCUUUACGGCUGUUAUCUAUCGCUUCCCUGUCGCCGCUCCUGUCGCAUACUACCGCAGCAUUCUCACCGAAGCUCGCCGUGUGUUGAAGCCAAGAGGCUUCAUCGAGCUCUCCAUUCUCGAUGUUGACCUAAACAACAUGGGCAACACGUCCCGACGUACAGUUCGCCGUCUCAAAGAGAGGAUCAACGAAAAGACGCCUGAUACUAGUCUCGGAUCAACCGCGGAUCUCAUUCUUCGUCUCCUUGGCAAGGUUGGUUUCACUACCAUCAAGGCAGCACGAUUGGGUGUGCCCGUGGUAAGUUCCGUCACUCGCUCAGACAGCAAGGCCGACAAGGGCAAAGCUAUUGCUGAGAAGAAGAAGGAUCCGCCAAGUCUAUCCGAGAUGAUGAGCGACAACAGUCCCUUGGCAGACGAGGGCAUCACCAAGAUGGUCAGUCGGGUUGGCCGAUGGUGGUACACACGGUGCUACGAAAACGCAGCUGGGAACCCCUCUGAGAAGAGCAUCUGGAGCGAUAAGUCUCUACUCUCUGAAGCUAAAGAGCUCCGUACAAGCCUGAAGCUCAUGGUCUGCUGCGCUCGAGCUCCUCUUGAGCGCAUCACCAGUGUCUAA